AUGUCUGAGGCUAUUGUCUCUUUUGUUGUGCAAACGCUCACUGAUCUAUUGAAAGAAGAAGCCGAAUUUUUAGCCGGAGUUGACGGCCAGGUACAGGGUCUUCCGCAUGAACUUAAGAUGUUGCAAAGCUUGUUGAAAGAUGCAGAUGCAAGGCAAAUUGAAGACGACCCCGUCCGCACUUGGGUUGAAGGCGCUAGAGAAGUUGCAUAUCAUGCCGAAGAUGUCCUUGAGACUUAUGUUCUCCAAGUUCAAUCCAAGAGGAGGGGAGGUAUCCUAAACAUCCUCAAAAGGUUCGCUUGCUUAUUGAAUGAAGGUAUGCUCCUACACAAGGUUGGGAAAGAGACCCAAGGUAUUAACACCAGGAUCUCUCAACUCACCGAUCAGUUAGACAAAUAUGGCAUAAGAAGUACAAUAAAGGAAGGAGAAAGCUCAAGCUCUGCGCAUGAAAGGCAACGUCAGUUAAGGCGGUCUUAUUCUCAUGUUGUUGAGGAGGAUUUUGUUGGGUUGGAGAGAGAUGUUGAGAACUUGGUGGUUCAUUUGGUGAAAGAAGAUAGGGGCAAAUGGCACAACAUGCUUGAAGCUUCAAGAGGUGUUAUUCCAACUGCAGUAGACAAAAACCUGAGUUAUGUUCAAAAAAUGGAGUUAGGGAGGAAAAUGGUUAAACAUUGUGGGGGUCUUCCAUUAGCUGUGGUUGUUCUUGGAGGACUUUUGGCCACAAAAGAGGCCUUGAGUGAGUCUUUAUUUGGGCAAUUUCGAGGAAGAUUCUGA